GUUGAAAAUUGAAAGCCAAUAUCAAAGGAUUAAUGUUUUUUGUUCUUACUCCUUCAACAUACUCAGCUCAAACAACAUAUCAAGAAAGGCGCUCAAAAACAAGUAAACAUGGAUGACAAGCGACUCAACGAACUCCUCAAAUGGAGUAUCGAGCAAUCAGAUGCCACCAGAAAUGACCCUGAUGCCCCAGCUCCCACCACACAGCUCACACCAGAACUCAUGGCAUCGCUCAUGGGCGGUCCCUCUGACGCCGACCUUAUGAAGGCCUCUAUGGACAUUAUCACAUCGGACGAUGCUGAGCAGGUCUCUCUUGACGAUAAACUCAUCGCCUUUGACAACUUUGAGCAGCUUAUUGAGGGUCUCGACAAUGCAAACAAUAUCGCAAAUCUCAGCCUGUGGACCCCACUACUCGACCAGCUCAAGCAUGACGAGCGAGAGAUGCGCAAAAUGGCAGCCUGGUGUGUGGGAACCGCUGUACAGAAUAACGAGCGCACCCAGGAGCGUCUGCUCGCUAUGGGAGGGCUUCCACUCCUUGUAAACCUAGCAACCCAGGAGGAUGAGCAUAACGACGUUCGUCGCAAGGCCGUAUAUGCGCUGAGCUCAGCGGUGCGCAACUAUCAACCAGCGAUGGACCUCUUUGCCGAUGAAUUGGCCAAGAGGGGCCACAAGACUGACAAGGUCGAUGCCACAAGCAUGGAGGCUGUCGACGAGGUGGUCAACGGAUUACGCGAGAAGAUCGGCAAGGCUUGAGAAACUUUUGUGGGAUCAAACAUCAACUCAUAACGAACGGCUGCAUUGGGACGGAGUUGGGGCGUUGGACUGAAGUAAAGGGCGUGUGGUCAAGAGAGAUGGACAACCCGGAGGGUACUAAAAUAGAAUGGUAUAGGCAAUACGCCCUGGAUUUUAUAUAUUCAUUUAUGAUACAUUCGUCUUGGUACAUAAUCUAUGCUACAUAUCAGCUACUUAGAGUUCACAUUUGUUUCCAAC